GCAGUCUCAGCAUUUCUCUACUAAUAUUAUAAAGAGGCAAGAUUUGAUUGUUUGUUUGUUUAUUUUUUUGUUUGCCGCGAAUAGGCUCCGAAACGAUCAAACCGAAUUCUUUCACUAUUAGGUAGCUACACUAAAUGCGUUGAACAUAGGCUAUAUUUUGUCCUGGUACGGGAAUUAAAUCCAUCGGGACGCGGGUAAAACCACGUGUGACAACUAGUUUUUAUUUUUUGCAAGCGUGCAUUUUUACAUAUUUGGUUAGAAUGACGUGAUUUUUAGGCCUAUAUAAACGGCUCCCGAAUAACAACACAAAUCACUCCUGAACUAAAUCAGCGUGCAAGUUUAAUUUUAUCAAAAGUGUUAACCUAUUCAAUCAAAUCCUCAAGAAUGUCGGGACCAACUUCUGCUGAUCACCUCUUUCCCUCCGAAGACGAAUAUGAGGAACAACAGACACGGGUGAAACACGUGAAGGAUUCGUCAUCAGCGUCUUCAUCUUCACGCUCCGGCGAUGCUGCUAAGAGAAGCGCCAGCAAAUCAUCGCAUCCGGACAGUAAGAAGAAGAAGCUCAAGACGAUGUCGCCUACUGUUCAUCCCAUCAGUCCUGUUAUGAAGCCCCAGAGAAGCGAUAUGAAGACCACGAGCCAUGACUUAUUUGGUAGUGACAGCGACGAUGAUCGUGAAGAGAUAGCAGCAAGUAAUUUAAAGGGUAAUAAAAAAAUAACUCCCUUAUACUCCUAUUUCACACGUAGGGUUGCAAACGGCUUAAGCCGGCAAACCGAUGAGUUAAAACAGGGCCCUUACUACAUAGAAUUAAAAAUUUAUGAUGUGAAAACGAUAGAACAUGUCGCACCUAUAAAUCGGUGGCGUCAUUCAAUUAUUUCAAUAAAAAAUCGCACUGAAAAUAAUACGCCAGCAUGGGCUCGGCUUAAAGACUUUAUUGACGAGACCAGGCGGGAGUUUAAGAACUGUCCUUUAGAGUUUGUAAGCAGUUACUAUUAACGUUUCUUUAUAUUUACGAUUUUUUUUUUUUCUAUUUACAAAAAAAACUUUAAAAAUACUUAUAAAUGUAAUAGGUACAUGUAAUCUUAUAUUUCUUUUAUUGCUGUUUAUUUUUAAAUGAUGACUGACUUGAAAUGCUUUCAUGUCAAUAAUGUAAUCAAUCAGUAUUUACUCAAUUACUUAGUUUGUAAUUACAAUUUAUUCACGUAUAAAAAAUACAUUUAGAUCUA